UCAUUCUCCUGUUUUCACCAGGUGCGUGUGGAGUUCAUGGAGACAGAAGAUGUUUGCAGCUCUGCCAGUAAGAAAGGCAAAUACAGAACAACAGUAUCUGUUGACAAAGGCUCCAGCAUAGCUGUUUCAUAUGUGAUUAUUCCCAUGACGCUGGGAAAUCAUGAUAUUGAGGUGAAAGCUUCUGCAUAUGAAGCCAUGUUCUCUGAUGGAGUGAGAAAGACGCUGAAGGUGGUGUCUGAGGGUGUGCUGAUUUCAUUACGCAGAGAAAAUGUGGAGCUCAAUCCUGCUAAGAAUGGGGAAAAACCUUUAGCUUUUAAAGCUGACAUACCAGCUGAUCGUCUUCCAGACACACCUGCUGACACGUACAUCUCGAUUACUGCUGAAGAGAUCACUCAGACAGUCGAGCAGGCCAUCAGUGGAAGCUUCAUGGGGCGGUUUAUUGUUCAGCCUCGUGGCAGUGGAGAGCAGAACAUGAUGCUUAUGACUCUACCUCUCAUAGCCACUCAUUAUCUGGACAGCACCAAUCAGUGGGACACUGUUGGCAUGGAGCGCCGUAAUGAAGCUGUUAACCAUAUCAGCACAGGUUAUCAGCGGCAGCUGGGUUACCGUAAAUCAGAUGGAUCCUAUGCUGCAUGGAGAGACAGGCCGAGCAGCACAUGGUUGACAGCAUAUGUGGCUAAAGUCUUCAGCAUGGCCCAUAACCUUGUUAUUAUAGAGGAGAAUGUGAUCUGCAGCGCCCUUAAGUGGCUGAUGCUCCACAAACAAAUACAAGACGGCUCUUUUAAAGAGGAAUCAGCUGUAAUGCAGGGAGAGAUGGUGGGUGACGUGCGUGGCAAAGAUGCUGAUGCCUCUCUGACGGCUUUUGUUGUGAUUGCCAUGCAAGAGGCCAGCGAGAUCUGUGCUGGACCAGUUGCUAGUCUCCAUUUAAGCAUCAUGCUGGCUGUUUCUUUCUUGGAAGGUCGGCUUCCACAACUGACCAAUCCUUACGCCAUUGCGAUGACGUCCUACGCCAUGGCCAAUGCCAACAAACUCAAUAAAGACAUCUUGAUGAAACACUCCACCCAACACGAAGCCGGUCGGUCCUGGACUGUCCCUGGACAGCACCAUCACUCACUAGAGGCGACGGCUUAUGCUGUGCUGGCGCUUGUGAAGGACAAAGACUUUGAUAAAGCAGGAGAAGCAGUGCACUGGCUGAACAGACAGCAGUCUCACUAUGGAGGAUCUGGCACCACACAGGCGACCAUCAUGGUGUUCCAGGCCGUGGCAGAGUAUCGCACGCAGGUGAAGGACCGGCAAAACUUCAAUCUGAACGUGGAGCUGUCCGUGGCAGGAAGAAGCAAACCUGUCAGAUGGGCUUUUAAAAGAGAUAAUAUGCAUCUUACUCGGUCAGACAAGGUGGAGAUAAACCAGGAGUUCAAUGUAACUGCUAAAGGAACUGGAACAGCCACUCUCUCAGUUCUGACGCUGUACUACGCCAGACCUGUUGAGAAGAAAUCUGACUGUACUUUCUUUGAUCUGACUGUUAAAAUGGAGAAAGAUCCUGAACAAAAACGAGAAGCCAUUGCAAGUUACAAGCUCACUAUGGAUUUCUACUACAAAAGUGAUAAAACCGAUGCAACCAUGACUAUUCUGGAGAUUGGCAUACCGACCGGAUUUACUGUGGAGACCAGAGAUCUGGAAGAGUUGUCUUCAGGGAAGGAGAGAUACAUUCAGAAAUAUGAAAAUAAUAAAGUGCUGUCAGAGCGAGGAUCCCUCAUCCUCUACUUAGAUAAGGUUUCUCAUAAAGAGAAAGAAGUAAUUUCCUUCAGAAUGCACAAGCUGUAUAAUGUGGGUCUGCUUCAACCUGCUGCAGUCACGAUAUAUGAAUAUUACUCACCAGAUGCACGCUGUACAAAGUUCUUCCACCCUGAAAGGACUAAUGGUGCACUUUACAAACUGUGUAAAGGAGACCUGUGCCAGUGUGCAGAAGUGAACUGCAGUUACCAGAAGAAGAAUCGGGUUAGUGAUGAGGAGCGUUUGAAUAAAGCCUGUGAAGCUGGCAUGGAUUAUGUUUAUAAAGCGACAGUGGUGGGAAUGGAUCUGAAACAGGACUCUGACAUCUAUGACAUGAAGGUGGAGCUGGUGCUGAAAAAAGGCACUGAUGAGGAAGUUGAGGGGAAAGUGAGACUAUUCCUGGCUCGUCCCAGUUGCAGAGGACAUUUAGGAUUGGUAGAAGGCAAGUCGUACCUCAUCAUGGGCAGAUCUGUUGACCUGCCAAAGCUCGGGGGAAGUCUGCAGUAUAUCUUGGGAGAGCAGACCUGGAUUGAAUACUGGCCUACAAGAGAGGAAAGCCCAACUCCAGAACACAGGGAGCGAUACAUCGGCAUCACUAAGCUCAAGAAUAGCCUUCUCAGAUACAGAUGUACUUCAUAAAUAUAGUUAUAUAACAACUAUUUCUUUAUUACAGGAAAUGUACCAUUAUCUUUUGCUUACUCUAAAUAAAUUGUUCUUGAUGAUAA